AUGUAUUCAACGAGAGGUGCAGAUAUUUAUGUGAGAAAUAAAGGUGGAAGAAGUCAUUCCGUUCAGGGUCUAGCCACCAAUAUUACUAGCCCUGCAAUGAACAUACCAUUACCACCUCGUUUAUGGCUAACAGAUGUAGAAGAUGAAUCGUCAGAUGAUUUAAGUCACAGUUCAUUAGAAGACGGGACCAUUCCAGUUGAAAGGACGAGAAUAAGAUCACGUUACCGUCACAAAUCGAGGGCAUCUGUUAAUGUGCCUAUUGGAAUAUUUUGGGAUAUAGAGAAUUGUCCGGUGCCUAGAGGCUGUUCAGCAAUCAAUGUAGUAGCGGCAAUCAGAUCUAAGUUCCUCACAGGCCGUCGGGAAGCAGAUUUUGUAGUUGUUUGUGAUGUGAGGAAGGAAACACCACAAAAGCUUCAGGAACUCAAUGAUGCUCAAGUAAGUCUGAUCCAUGUGUGUGGAACUCAGAAGAAUGCUGCCGAUGAGAAACUAAGACAAUGUAUGCGUCGUUUUGGAGAGCUUCAUUCAAGCCCUGCAGCCCUAUUGCUUAUAUCGGGAGACAUCAAUUUUGCAGCCGAUCUUAGCGAUUUUAGACAUAGGAAGGGUAUGGAAGUUAUAUUGGUGCAUAGACAGAAUACAUCAUCAGCCUUAAUAGCUUGUGCCUCCUCUCAUUACUCAUACAAUGAACUUACUGUUAAUAUACCAAGAAAUAUGAAUGUGACUGUAAGUGGCAGGGAAGAGGAUCCAAGUCGUGAGAUGGAGGUCAUUAACCUGCCAGUGGACCAGCCACCGCAGAGAGUGUCCAGACGACUACUGAGACUUGCCGACAACUGUGGGGGCAAAGUGAUGAGAGUUGGGGCUGGGACGGCCCUACUAAGGUUUCCAACACCUGAUCAUGCUUCAAGAGCUUUAAAACGUAUGGACGGCGAGGAUGUUUUUGGUCGUAAAAUAAGUACGCGUUACGCUCGAACGUUCCAACCGACGUAUUCCAGUGACGAGGGUUACAGCACCGGCCAGAGGCCGCAGUUUGUUACACCUGUCGUUCAGCCCCAGCCUCCCCCUCCCCCUCCCCCGCCGGCCGAUCCUCCCCGCAGCGCUUCAAGCGACUGGGCUCUAGCGCUGCAGCAGCUGCCGGCACCAACACCGCCACCGCUGCAGUUCUGCCCACCGCCUGCACCUAAACCACGAAAGAUUAGAGGAACUCAUGGGUCAGCCAGUCUAGACAGGUCAGGUUGUUCGUCCACCAACAGUGAUGACCGUCGUGACAACAGUCACAGUCAAAGUCAUAGCCGAGCAGUGUCUCCUUGGAAUUCGUCAGUCAGCGAGCAUAGUGAGGAUGACACAGACUUAACCGUCUCCAACCUACCGCCUUAUGAUCCACCAGUAUUACAGGAAAUGCUGACGAAACUGUUCAAUCAAUACGUACCGGUAGUUCGUGUGUUAGUAUGGGCGGCUGGCGAGGGUCCAUUGGCUACUGUGGUAGUGAGAUCAGAAUGGGACGCACGUCUAGCUAUAGCUCGUGUCCACAAACGAAGAUUAGACAACAACUGGGCCGGAAGACGAUUGGAACUAUCCUUGGGAAGACCGUCACCAGCACCCAAUCUAGACGUACUACGGUCUAGACUGCGAGCUAUACUCCUAGACCAAAAAAACUUCAGUCUGCCACUACUUAGACUUCGAGAUGCGUACGCUAGCAGGCAUUGCUGUGCGCUAACUACAUCAGAUAUAGCUAAAGUCAAAGAUACGGUGGUAAUCCACGAAGGUUUCGGACGUUUGGUCCAAUUAGUGGAUCAUACACCGGUUGUGAACACGGAAACGGAAGAGGCGCCAUGGAAGUGUCACAUACACGCGGUACUAAAUACUAGCCAUGAAGACGGAAGCCGCAUCUUGCAGCCAGUGUACAUGGAUAUAGCGGUUUUGGCGAAGAAUACGCAAGUGUUGUUGGAGAAUCACGGCGGUAUACUGCCGUUGUUGAGUUUCGUGGAAUGCUACGAGGCGAUGUUCCCGUCGUUAGUAACUGAUAAUCGUCGCGGCGUGGCCCUGGAACUGCUACUGAGGAGUAUAAACACGUUGGAAGUUAAAGACAGCCCUUCUAGACAUUUAACAUGGAAAACAUCCACUGAUUCGCCCUCACACAGUUAUAUCAGCGAUACUUCUCGCAGCAGUGAUCGUGAUCGUCCACGCACAGCGCCCGCCUUAGAGCCUAUGUUGGCGUUGUUUGAGAGGGAGUUGGUUGAUUUGUUGAGAACGGCCCCCAGAUGCUCUAUACCGUUCAGCAAAUUGAUCCCCGCGUUCCAUCAUCAUUUCGGUCGUCAGUGUCGUGUAGCUGAUUACGGCUUCACCAAACUACCAGAUCUGUUAUCAGCAUUGGGUAACACUAUCGUGGUUUUGGGCUCAGGGUCGUAUCGUGUGAUAACGAUCUCAUCUGCCGCCCAAGGGAAGCGUUGGACGUCGGAUUUGUUGAAGAUAUUGAAGGCCAUACCCGGCCGGGUCAUUCACAUACACGAUCUGCCGCAGCUAUACCAAUCGACUAUCGGCAGGCCUUUCAACACCAUCGAUUAUGGUGUAUGCACCAUGGAUGAACUCAUGGAGAAGGUGUCUCCUCAAAGCGUUAUAGUAUCACCUGAAGGUACUAUCUCAUUACCAAGAAGAACUCCAACGCCCGAAGAACGAACAAGAACUGUUCAAUUCGCUGUACAAGCGGUUGAAUUGCUAUGCUACACACCGAACCUUAGAAUGGAAUUCUCGCGUUUCGUACCAGCGUAUCACGCGCAUUUCGGCAGACAAUUACGUGUUGCGCAUUACGGAUGUGUCAAAUUGCUGGAACUGUUCGAAUUAAUACCGGAAGCUGUAAGCGUGUACUGCGAGACUUCCGGCGAGAGGAGCGUGCGUUUGGGGCUACAGACUGCUACAGCAGUGAUGUCGCAGAGACUGAAGAAUUUGGCGCCCGUCUCCCUUACAACCUUUCCAUCAAGAUACGCCGCUCAGUACGGCGCUCCGCCUAUACCUGAUUGUUUAGACGCUCCUAAUCUCGAAUCCUUCAUAUACGCAGCUGGUGGCUUCAUUGAAGGUGAUAUAAUUCACGUCGGUGAUUCAUCUCAAUGGGCCAAUUCUGCAUUAUCAGCGUGUGCCGUACUAUCAGCUGAUCGCAGCGUCGCAAGAGGUUCUACUGAAGAAUAUUUCAUGACGGCCUUCCGCUCGUUGUAUGGCGUCGAACCGGAUGUUAGUAAUCUAAUGAUGUCCGGUGUGAUCGACGUGUCGGAGCGUCACGUCUGUUUGACCAACACGUGGCGCACAAUAUGGCGUGUAGCGCAGAUAUUAUCUGAUUAUCCGGGAAAUGUAACGGCUGUAGAGAUAUUUAUAGAGUAUUCAAAGAGAUACGGACCGUCGUUCCCUAACUCUGAACAAGGUAUGGAUGCUGUGAAUACGUUUCUCAGUAAACAUCGCAGUGUGUUCAAUAUUAGUGAUGGCCGCUGGAGUCUCUCGGCCGGAGUAACAUUACCGAGACCCGAGUAUUCAUUACGUGCUGAAGAUUACUCACUUCAUGAUACACCACCAGGGCAGAAGGGUUCCCGCGUCUUUGAAUCUCCGAAGACGAAUAUAUGGUGUUCGCCGCCGGCCAGCGCUCUACCAACACCGACUGCGCUACUCAACCACGAUAAUAGACGUAAUAUAUAA